AUGGCUUUAAAUAUAACUCGCGGGAGCACAGACAAAUUUACGAAUCCCAGAUGUGAUAGUGGUACAUCGAUAAACUGUGAUUGCCUUUAUGGAGCAUCUUGUGUUACUUCGAAAUGCUUUGAAUGUCAAUGCGAUACCAAUAACCCGACAUUUUAUCAGAAUGGAUAUUCCGAUGGUAAAUGCGAAAAGAAUGAGAAGUUUUCGGUAUCUUUGGGUAAGUGCAUUUUCAUAUAAUUGCUCCAGAAAUGAAGUGAAUACAUCUACACACAUUAAAAUGAUAUACAAACAUUGCCGUAACUAAUAUCAUCAGAAAAUCUUGAAAUAUAUCAGUGUUGUAAUUACGGGAAAUCAGGAAGUCAACUACAAAUCAAGUAAUUUCGAACUCUCGUGCGCUUGUGGCGACAGAUUAAUAAGAGGAUUCAAUUGCAAAAGGUCAAGAGGUUGACAGAGAAUCAGUGGACGGUUCCGGCAAUUCUAAAGACAAGACACAAAUUACCACCAAAGAUGUCAUUAUUAUUCGGAGUGUGUUUUUUCUUAUAUUGGUCAUGUGAUCGAUCGACAAAGCUUUGGAUUCGUAAUCCCGCGAAUCGUCAUCAGUAGCUAGCAUUGUCAAAAGAAGAGAUGAUGCCAUGCUGAUGUCAUCCUCUCGUUGCAGCGGAAAAUGGGUAUAAAUUACCAUUAUUUAAUCUAAAACUACAUAGUUCAUCUAUAUGAGCUAUAUACAUAGUCAAAGCGAGUCUGCCAAACGUUGUUUUGUGCGAUAAAUUAAUAAAACAGUUCUUGAAUUCGGUUUUUGUGAUACCCGGAAUUACCAUGCAUGCAUGCAUGCAAGAAGUAAUUUACUUAAUUUAUUAUAUGGCGAAUGACAAGCUUUUGAUCCGUAUAAUUGCUAUCAGCUCCCAAUAUCAUCAUGGUAAAUCAUUUUUUAUCCAAAAGCUUAAUUUGCCAAACAAAUAAUCGCAGCAUUUCCCACCAAAAAUAAAACAAUAUAAUUAAGAUUUAAAUGCGUAUCUUUUCUACACAGGUGAUAGUCAUUCAUUCUUAGCGAACCACGAUUAUUCGUAUCGUUGCAUGGAACCUCUUUCCGACGCGGUGCCAGAUCUCACAGUAGAUACAUGUGAUGUCAACAAUACCCAGCAGCACUGGAUUUGGACUAAGCAUAAUCAAAUUUUAAAUUUGCACACUUUAAAGUGUCUUCAAACCUCGGAGAUACCGGUUUUUCAGCAAACAUUCCCAAAAGUAUCGCUAGCAUCAUGCAAUGCAUCCGAUUCAAAACAAAUAUGGCAAUGUCAUGGAAAGAAUGGUCUGGUUUACCUCAAAUAUGAGAAAGCAUAUCUCAAUUUUGGCAACGUUCAAACCUAUGUAAUAGUCUACAGUGGAACCGGUGCGUACAGUUUAUGGAAACGCUAUCAGUCUGAUCGACUCUUUUGUUUCUCUGUGUCGGCAUAUCACGGUAAGUCUAAACUGUGCUGAUCAUCAGAUUAAAUAUAGUUUAAAAUUAUCAAUCACAGCUGGUUAUCGUGGAACGGUCGAGAGUAAGUUAUUUCUGCAUACAUGCAGUACAUACAUGCAUUACUUUAUUGGAUACGUCUGCUUCCACACUGUCACUGAACAGACCAAACAAGUUGCAAGUGGCAGAACUACAACUUCCAGGAGGAACUUUAGUCCUUGAAAUAUUCUGACUGUGAUAUUGUGCAAUUUUCCCGUACCAUAGAGAGGUUUAGGGAGGCCUAUAUAUGGCUAUGAUUUUCUGUAGUUUUCAGCCAUGGCUGAUACCGUAGUUUUCUGCCUUUUAAAUAUAGGCUGCUACAAAUAUUCGGAUGGGUCAAGCAUGUUCACAAUCAAAACUGAUGCCUUGAAUAAAUGCGACGAUUCCUCAGAUCAGUGUGAAGAAGAAAAAAACAUUUCAGCUCCGGUCGAGGUUACAAACAAUCAAUGUUCCAUCCAAUGGGAAAUGACAGAAUUCCUUAAUUACAGCCAAUGGGAUUAUCUUCCGGAAAGCGUACUUGGCAUAAAACCUUUUUAUCUUGUGAAACGAUCCUCGAAAACUAUCAGUUUAAAGGUAUGAAACAGAGGAGGUACUGAUACUCCCGGCCAAGAAAGUUAGAAAGGAUUCCUAUAAAUUAAAAUAAUUAAUUAUUUGCUUUCAUCAUGUAAUUGCAUCUUAGAUUCACAAUUUAAUUAUGUAUUUUAAAUUUCAAAGAAAAUGAAAACGAAAACAAGGAAAAUGAAGACAUCAACUUAUAUUUGCGUGAGCAUGGGGCGGCCAAGAUGGGAAGAACGCCGCUUAAAUAUUGUUCUGAACUUCAAAAUUUAUAAUUUCAUACCCAGAGGAGGAAUGAGGGUUUUCCCGAAAUGCAACGCGCGAAUCAGUGCGGCUAAUUAUUAUCAUCGAAUAUAGCAAAAAUAGCUCAUUUUCAAACCGCGAUAUCUCUUCGGUUUUAUGGAGUAAAUUCAUGUUUUAAAGUAUCAAUACAAAGAGUAAACAUUCCUGAAUUCACUGAUGUGAUUUUAUUUUAGUUUCCUUGUAAAAAAGUACAAUUUACUCCUGAAUAUUUCAAUGCCACUUUUUCAACACCCAAAACAUGCAUAAAUACAAUGGGAAUUUAACAUAAGUAAAAUGCUAUAUAUGAAUUUAACUUAAGUAAAAUGCUAUAUAUAUACAAAAUUAUUCAAAAAUUAUUUUAUUAAAUUACUAAACAAAAAUGUUAUCAAAACACACCUUUGAGAAAACGAGAUCUUCACAGCAAAAAUCGCAAUAUAUUUCAACAGUUUUUAAUCGAACGGCGCGUUGAGAAUAAAUAUCUUCAAUGAGCCGCACUGAUUCGCGCGUUGCAUUUCGGGAAGACCCUCAUUCCUCCUCUGGGUAUGAAAUAUAAAUUUUGAAGUUCAGAACAAUAUUUAAGCCGCGUACUUCCCAUCUUAGCCGCCCCAUGCUCACGCAAAUAUAAGAUGAUGUCUUCAUUUUCCUUGUUUUCGUUCCAUUGUUAGGAUUGAAAUUUAAAAUACAUAAUUAAAUUGUGACUCUAAGAUGCCAUUACAUGAUGAAAGCAAAUAACUAAUUAUUUUAAUUUAUAGUAGUCCUUUCUUGGCCGGGAGUAUCAAAACUAUAUCUUUUUCUGCAGGUGAACUUGGCAGCAUCAAAAAAUUUACCGGGACAGAUAAUCAGAUUAUAUAUUCAUUGUGAAAGUACAAAUUAUCACAGACGUGGCAUACUGAUGGGCCAGAUGACUUCCAUAAAUCAAAGCGAAAAUGAAACGCAUUGUGUUUUAGUUAAGUUUUCAGGAAACUUUAAAUGUGAGUAG